AUGUAUUUCGUGUUAUAUUGUGUAAUUUUACCGGUCGCUGUUCUCGCUAUAGAUCGUGUUGUACCGGCUGUAACUAACGUGAAAGUGACUAUCAAAAAUGGUCCCCUUGUAGGGGAGAUACGGAAUGGCCAUUUUGCCUUCGAAGGCAUACCAUACGCUAAGCCACCGAUAGGCGAUCGCCGGUUUGCUGCGUCCGAACUGUUCGAUGAACGAUGGCACGAGCCCCGUAAUGCUACCCGUGUCGGUCCCGUUUGUUUACAGUGGUGCCACCUAAAACCCGGCGACGACAAAUUGGACGGUUCCGAGGACUGUCUCUUUCUGAAUGUGUACACUCCAAUUCUGGAAGCCGAAGAAGUAUUACCAACGAUUGUUCACCUGCAUGGCGGUGCGUUCAUGUACGGCGGUGGAGGAUAUUUUAGGCCGAAUUUUUUAAUCCAAAAACGGUUGAUACUGGUCACGGUGAACUAUCGACUGGGUCCGCUCGGCUUUCUCAGCACCGAGGACGAUGUGAUCGCAGGCAAUUACGGACUGAAAGAUCAGGUGACGGCGCUGCAGUGGGUACAGAAAAACAUCAAGUAUUUCGGAGGGGACGCAGGCAAAGUCACGCUGUCUGGGUUUUCCGCUGGAUCGGCUAGCGUGCAUCUGCACUACCUAUCGCCCCUUUCGAGAGGACUCUUCCGGAACGCCAUUGGUCACAGUGGAUCGGCGUUUAACCCGUGGGUUAUGGUGGAAGGUGCUGCUGAGAAAACGAAACUGAUCGCUUCCGGUGUGGGCUGUCCGACCGAGGCAAGCAGUAAGGAACUGCUGAAUUGUUUAAGGCAGCGCUCAGCCGAAGAGCUAGUGCGCCAGGUACCGAAGCUACAGGAUUUUUUAUACAAUCCUUUCUCACCUUUGGGUGUUGUGGUCGAGAAGCGAGGCAAAUUCAAUCCUUACCCCUUCCUAUCAGAACAUCCACACGUUUUGACACGCGCUGGAAUGUUUGCCAAAAAACCGAUCCUGCUGUCAGUGACCGGGGCCGAGGGUCUCUAUCCCGCAGCUGAAUUUUUCAGCAAUACAAGCUACAUCCAGCAGAUUAACGAUCGAUGGAACGAGCUAUUACCAAGCAUUCUGGAUUAUAAGUAUAGUGUCCGGGAUGUUCACAUAAGAAACGCGCUCUCCGAAGUGAUUAGAACAUACUAUUUAGGAACAAACGCGCUCAGUGAGCAAACUUUUCCUCAAUUCGUUCGAAUAAUUUCUAACCGCCUGUUCUUUGCCGGCGUCACAUCGUUGGCAAAGAUGAUGCAACCGCACAUUCCGGUCUACGUUUACUUCGACCAGUACAAAACCACGUUCGGACUGUCGGAAGCGCUAUCGGGAACUGAUGAGUUUCUCGGAGUUCCUCACGGAGAAGAUAUUCUGCUCAUUUAUCCCAGUAGCCUACGGGAUAAGCAUAAGUACACAACGGAGGAACUGCUCAUGGCUUCUAGAUUCUGCGAUUUAUACGAAUCAUUUGCCCAUGGCCUCCAGCCUAGAUUCGGCCUGCAGGAGCUGCCAGCACAGCAAGACGCCACAAGACUAACCUACUUGCUUAUAGAGCAUCCCAACAGCACCAUCAUUACAUCUGAAUAUUUAAGCGAUGAACCGUUUUGGAAUAUAUUGGAUUUUAACGAGACGCCAGCUUGCCAUACAGUUGACGCACAAACCUCAGACGUCCAAUUUUAA